GCCCCCAGAAUCGAGACCCCUAAAGACAAAGGGGGCGCGGAAACUACGGAGACUCGAAAUUAAAGACCCUUCCUAAAAAAAGAGGAAACGAGAAAGAAGAGGAGCGAGGUGGACAGAUCUCAGGUAGACAUUGGGAAGGGACAAGAAAGAGGAAGAGAAGCAAAAGAAGGCUUGCAGGAUCGCAGCUGACAAGCAGGAAGUGGAAUGCAUCCGAUUUCAAAGCCAAGCGCCGCAUCCCUGGGUGGAGCCGCCUGUUCUGGGUGUUGUCUCCCUUGGCGUUCUCGUUCCUGCACAGACACGGGCAACUCUUCACCAGAGUGACACCGUGUUGUGUCAAGGUCGCGGGCUGCGGGAACUGACUGGAAGCUCCUUGGCGCUGCCCCCUCCCGCCCCCCGGGCCGAGGGGCUGCUAUGAUUGGACGUGGCUGCGCCCGGCCGGCCAAUGGUGAGGCGGCGGCAGCUUCCCGGAAGUGGCGGCGCGGCCGGUGGCGGCUGGGGCUUCCGUUGCUUUCUAGGCUGGGGGCCAGUCCGGCCGGGUUGGCGGACGCAAUGAGCUGCUUCGAGGGGCAGAUGGCCGAGUAUCCAACCAUCUCCAUAGACCGCUUCGACCGGGAGAACCUGAGGGCCCGCGCCUACUUCCUGUCCCACUGCCACAAAGAUCACAUGAAAGGAUUAAGAGCCCCUACCUUGAAAAGAAGGUUGGAGUGCAGCUUGAAGGUGUACUUAUACUGUUCGCCUGUUACUAAAGAGCUGUUGUUAACGAGCCCGAGGUACAGAUUUUGGGAGAAACGAAUCAUAUCCAUUGAAAUUGAAACUCCUACCCAGAUAUCUUUAGUCGAUGAAGCGUCAGGCGAGAAGGAAGAGAUUGUUGUGACUCUCUUACCAGCUGGUCAUUGCCCAGGAUCAGUUAUGUUUUUAUUUCAGGGCAACAAUGGGACCGUCUUGUACACGGGAGACUUCAGAUUGGCAAAAGGAGAAGCUGCUCGAAUGGAGCUUCUGCACUCUGGGGGCAGAGUGAAAGACAUCCAGAGUGUGUACUUAGACACGACUUUCUGCGAUCCGAAAUAUUACCAAAUUCCUAGUCGGGAGGAGUGUCUGCACGGGAUCCUGGAGCUGGUUCGCAGCUGGAUCACGCGGAGUCCAUACCACGUAGUGUGGCUGAGCUGCAAGGCCGCCUACGGGUACGAGUAUCUCUUCACCAACCUCAGCGAGGAGUUCGGAGUCCAGGUUCACGUGAAUAAACUAGACAUGUUUCAAAACAUGCCUGACAUUCUUCAUCAUCUCACAACAGACCGUGACACUCAGAUCCAUGCGUGUCGGCAUCCAAAGGCAGAGGAAUAUUUUCAGUGGAAUAAGUUACCCUGUGGCGUUACCUCCAAAAAUAGAAUUCCACUCCACACAAUCAGCAUUAAGCCAUCCACUAUGUGGUUUGGAGAAAGAGCCAGAAAAACCAAUGUCAUUGUGAGGACUGGAGCGAGUUCAUACAGAGCCUGCUUUUCUUUUCACUCCUCCUACAGUGAGAUUAAAGAUUUCUUGAGCUACAUCUAUCCUGUGAAUGUAUAUCCAAAUGUCAUUCCGUUAGGCACAACUAUGGGUAAAGUUCAAGAAAUCUUAAAGCCUUUAUGCCGAUCUUCCCAAAGUACUGAGCCAAAGUAUAAACCACUUGGAAAAUUGAAGAGAGCAAGAACAAUCCACCUAGACUCAGAGGAGGACGAUGACAGUGACCUCUUUGAUGAUCCUCUGCCAGUACCUUUAAGGCACAAGAUUCCAAACCAGCAAACUCUUCACCCUGAGGUAUUUCCCACAACUGCGAUAUCACAAAACCAGCCUGAAAAACAGAGAGAAAGCACAGGAUGCUUCAGAGCAGAGAGUAUGCCAACUUUUCUUUGGGCAGACUUUAUAGAUUGUGAGGAAUCCAACAGUGAAAGUGAAGAAUCAGAAAUCCCAGCUUCAGCUCAAGGAGACAUGGGUCCUGUCCCACAGCUCCAGAAGAAGGCUGACGGGGAAGUACCACAGUGGGAAGUGUUCUUUAAAAGAAGUGCUGACCUCACUGAUGAUGACUGUUUGGAAAACCUCCCGUCCUCCACAGAGGCAGGGGGCUCUCAGUCUCCGAAGCUUUUCAGUGACUCCUCUGAUGGGGAAUCAACUCACAUCUCUUCCCAGACGUCUUCCCAGUCAACACACAUAUCAGAACAAGGAAGUCAAGGCUGGGACAGCCAGUCUGACACUGUUCUGUUAUCUUCCCAAGAGAGAAAUGGGGGUAUGACCUCCUCGAGCAGACGCGUCUAUAAGCCAGGAAUCAACAAUACUCUUGCCCCUCAGAUCGAACAAAAUGUACUUUGCCCAAAGGACACAUAUUCUGAUUUGAAAAGCAGAGAUCAAGAUGUAAGUAUAGCCUCUAGUGUUGGAGAAACAACUACUCUAAGCAGCGGGAAGCACAUGCCUCAGGAGAAAAGGCCACUAACCCUUAGCAGCAGCGCAGAUUCACAGAGCUCCUCUGAUUUUGAAAUUCCCGCCACUCCAGAAGCCGAGCUACCUACGCGAGAGCAUUUACAGUAUUUCUAUGAGAAGCUGGCAACAGGGGAGAGGAUAGUAGUUGAAAAAAGAAAACGCUCACUUCAUUCUAGAGCAACCACUAAAAAACCUAUACCAAGAGAUAACAGUCAAAAUCCUAACAGAUAAAUUAAAAUGGAAUACUUAAAAAUGUUCCUAUAACCUAAAAGGCGGCAGUAAAGGGGAAACGGAGGACCAAAAAAUAGAGGGAAAACACAGGAAACAAGAUAUGGGAGAACUAAAUCCAAACCUAUCAAUAAUUACAUCAAAACAGGAAAAACCAUAAACCAACUAUAUACUGUCUAUAGGAAGCUGACUUCAAAAGACUUGGGUAGGUUUACCAGUGAAAGGAUGGAAACCUUUACCAUGUAAACAUUACUUAAAAGGAAGAUGGAGUGGCUAUGUUACUAGUGAUAAAGCAUCCAGUUCACUGAGACAGAAGCCUAAAAGUACCGUACAACUUUGGACUAUACAAAGCAAAAACAACUGAAAGGAGAAAGACACACUAAUGCACAAUUACAGCUGUAACAAUUAGUCUACAGACUAUCAGCAAGGAUACAGAAGAACUGAACAGCACCGUCAACCAACUGGAUUUAACUGACACUACGAACACUUCACUUCAUCCAACAGCAGAAGACACGCUUCUCAAGUUUACAAAGGACGACGUUCACCAAGACAGACCAUAUCCUGGGUUGUAAAAAUACUUCAGAUUUAAAGAAUAAACUUGGAUCUAUUACCAUAAACUGAUGGCGAUAGAAGAAAGUCAGCCCCUUACCUAUCUCAGGUGUUCCAUCACUUAAGAGUAUUGAUGUGAAUACCGUGGUAAAAUCAAAACCUAAAAGAAAAUACUUACUUAAAAGGCAUUCAGCUUCCUUAAAGUCCAUCGAUAGGUUAUGUUUUUGCAUAGUUAUGUAUGUGGAUUUAAUAAAGUUAUUAGCAAAUAUU